ACUCGCACGGCUCGUCUCUGUGAGGAGCCAAGUGAUCACUCGCGCAAAAUGUCGGCGAAAAAGAGAGUCGAGUUGUUUUAUGAUGUUGUUUCUCCAUAUUCGUGGUUUGCGUUUGAGGUGCUGUGUCGAUACAGGGCUAGUGGAGCAUGGAACAUAAAUCUGCAGUUAAGGCCAUUCUUUCUUGGAGGCGUAAUGCAAGGCUCAGAAAACAAGCCCCCAGCCACUGUACCCAACAAGGCAGCUUACAUGAGCAAGGACUUGCAGAGGAUGCGGGAAUUCAUGAACGUUCCUCUAAAUCAACCUGCAAAUUUUGUGGAGGCAGUGCUGGUGAAGGGAUCCCUCCAGGCGAUGCGAUUUUUGACGGUGGUUGACAUGAAGCAUCCUGACAAGACAGAGGCUUUGUCCCGUGAACUCUGGAUGAGAAUAUGGAGCAGGGAUGAAGAUAUCACCCAGCCAGACAGUUUCAUUGAGGCAGGGAAGAAGGCUGGUCUAAGUGAUGCAGUAAUCAAUGAUGCGUUGGGUCGUAUAAAGGACCAAGAGAUCAAAGAUAUGUUGAAACAGAACACACAAGAUGCACUUGAUUACAAGGCAUUUGGUGCUCCAAUCAUUAUUGCACAUGUGGAAUCAGGACCGGAACUUAUCUUUGGAGCAGACCGUUUUGAUAUUCUUGCAAGAUUGUUAGGUGAAGAAUGGAAAGGACCUGUCCCAGAAAUGGCCACAUCUAAACUCUGAUUUAAUCCUAAAAUUGAAAAUUUAGUGCACAACCAGGUUUAUAUUAGUACAGAAACAUGAUAAUGAUUCGUUUAUGAAACAGGAUUUCUUGAGUAAGCUUUUGAAUCACAAUGGCUUUCACAUGGAAUCCUUCAUAGGGUGAACAACAAUCUGGUUUUCAUCCCGAUGAUAGUGGAGUAGGGAUGGCCAAGCCAAGCCAACACGGUGCUGGGAUUCCCGGUGAGGAGUUGGAUACCUUGGGCACCAGAAACAUCAUUGUGGGUUGGAUCCUGGUUUACUCAGAUAAAGUUUCUAAGUUUGUCAGCCCCAUACCCCAGGCUCAUGGGUUUCACCAAAGUGGUAAAUGUCUUAGACCUGCAUCACUUUGAGGUUUCCUCCAAUAUUAGGCUGAUAUGCUGUGAUACAACACUUCAAGGUGGUGCUGAGCCCCACUCUCUCUAACUGUAUUUUUCUUACAAGUUGUUAUCUAGUUGUCAAAACUAAACAGAUAAGAUAAAUAUGAUCAGCCAAUAGACCUUAAGGCAAGUUACUGUCUGCAGAAUUGAGAAAGUUUUGAAAAAAUACAAAUAUGGAUUGUCAGAAAACUUAAUUACAUUUGGGGGCAAUUGUAAGAAAAUAAUGUAAAGCUUUGGAAGAAUCUUGGCAAUAAGGUUUAAAACCAUUCAGAAUAUAUUACUGGUUAUGAAAAAGUAGGUUGGUAGGCUCUCCAUGAACUUUUGUAGUGGUCAUGUAGGAUUUUGCUAUUUCACUUCUGCUGUCAGUCAUAUUUUAAGAUAAACUCGUAACAAAAUUUAAGGGAACACUAAGAUAUUUGGUCAUGGUGGAAUUUUUUGGAACUAAAUUUUGACAAAAGUCAGUAUCUGGUCCAGCUGCAUCGGGCAUCUUCUGGGCAUGCUUGAGAUCAGAUUGCGAAUUGCCUCCCUUGGAAUUUUGCGCUAUUCUUUUUGGAGGAUUUGUCCGAGUGUUUAUCAGUUUGCUGGUGGCUGUGGUCAGCCUCGAACCCUGCAUCCC